UAGAUGUAAACCGGUGGAGAUGUUGACCAGCUCCAUUUGAUGAGAAAAGUAAAACUAAAAAAACAAGAUUUAUCCAAAACAAGUCCACAUUCAAUUAAAACAUAGCAUCUUGUUCAAAGCAAUAUGGUAGACUCAAUAGGAAGAAAGUUUCAAACACCACAAAGAAAAGAACUGAAGAAAGAAAGUGAUGUCCAACAACACCUUCAUAGAACCAUCUCAUAAUUCUGUUCCUUGAGUAUGUUUCAAGACAUAUUCAUUAGUAUUAUUCCCUUUACUCUUUUCUCAACUCUCUUCAUUCAAAACAAACCACUUCAUCAUGGAAAUCCCUCCUCCUAGAUUCAACUUCACAGUUAUCUUCCUCAUCAUCAUUUCUCUCUCCUUUGGUUUGAUUUCAUUCUUCUUGUGUAUAGCCGCCGAGAUAAAGAGAAAUAAGGAGGAGGAUCUUAGAUGGAAUGGAAAACUAUGUUAUAUGGAAACAAGUAAAGCAUUUGGAUUGAGUAUUGCAACAUUGGUUAGUUUAUUUUUUGCACAUAUCAUUGGGAAUUAUGUGUUAGUAAAGAAUUCUUAUUCAAGAUGGAAAAGUAUCUCCAAGUUUAAGAUACCUACUUCUUCAAAGAUUCUGUAUUUUAUAUCUUGCAGGGUUAGCUUUGGAAUUGUAGUUAUAUUAUUGAUUGCUGCAACAAGUAUGAGUAGAAAGCAACUCUAUGGGAAAGGAUGGUUGAAUGGUGAGUGCUACAUAGUCAAAGGAGGAACAUAUGCUGGUUCAGCUAUAUUGAUUCUUGUUACAAUUGGUUCUCUAAAUGGUUCAGCUUUUGCAAUACUAAAAUCUAGCCAAGCAUAUCAAGAAUGGAAAAUACACACAAAGUGGAUUACAUUAAAUAUAAUUAGAAUAUUUUUGUGUUAAAAUUAAUGAGAAAAAGAAAAGAAAAAAUGGGUUUGGAAAGUGGAUGAAUUUUUAUUAUUUAUUAAUGUGUGGAAAUAAGUGCUAAGAGCCCCACUAAGUAGCUUAUCAUUCUCCAAAGAAAUAGUAUCUUUUAUGUUUUUCAACUUACACCAAAAAUGAUAUACUUCAUUUGUAUAUAUACCAUGUGCUUAUGGGACAAGGGAAUUCUUGUUUUGAUCCCACUUGCAAAUAUUAAUAGUUGUUUAGGUUUUUUUAUAUAGUUUUAAAUAAAAGAUGGCUUUUUUUAAUGGUAUUUUAGUUUUUGAAAGUAAAGAAAAAAGGUGGAAACGUCUAGCUUUUCUAAAAGCUGGUCCAACCCAAGUGUAAGAAUUUUGAGAGUAUAAUAUUCAAUUCAGAAUAGUUGUUGGAUAUUUUAAUCUAAGGACUAAUCAAAGUCUUGUCUAGUGUCUAGUAGCUUGACUAAUAAGCUUUACUCGCAUAUUGCUAGUUUGUGGGAUAGUUACUUUGGCCGUUAGGCAUUAAUUAUAGUUAAUUAAAUUUAGGAGUAGUAAUUGGUUUAUUUACUGCAGGUAAAUUAGUUUAGAAGCAGUUAGUUAAUGCACUAUGUGUUAGAAAUUAGAAUGGAAAACAAUAGAGUUUGAAUGUGGAGAGUGGGUGAGAGAGAGGAGAAUUCAAGUGAGAUAAUUUAGUGGCAUUAAUUUCAUUAUAAUUAACUUCAUUAUUGAAACCCUUUGGAUAUAUAUACAAGUAAUAAGUUAAGUAAUAACUUGAGUGGAAUACAAGAUACAUCAUUAAAUAGUUGAAAAACAAAAUUCUCGGGCAUGUAACU